CCAAUCAUCUGCUCGGCUCCCGGUGGGCGGGGCGCGGGCUGCAGCGUCUGUGGUAACGCAAGCUGCAGCCGCAGCCAUCGUGAGACGGUGAAGAGAGCAGACACCCGCUUGGCGGCGGCGAAGGAGAAAACAUGACUGCUGGUUCAGUGUGUGCCCCUCAGAUCAUACCGCUGCGCGUGCCUCAGCCCGGAAAAGCUAACCAUGAAAUCGAUACCAAUACUCUUUUGGAAAUGAAAUCUGAUACCCCAGAUGUCAACAUAUAUUACACCCUGGAUGGCAGCAAACCUGAUUUCCUAAAGAAAAUUGGUUCUGGUGAAAAUAAUACAUUUAAGUACAUAAAACCAAUUACUCUGCCUGAUGGAAAAAUACAAGUUAAAGCUGUUGCUGUCUCUAAAGACUCCAGACAGAGUGGGAUUGUAACAAAGGUGUUUCAGGUGGACUAUGAACCACCGAAGAUGGAGUCUUCUGAAGACAGUGUUGAAGAUUCUCUCAAGGGGUUUUCAAAGCAGGAAUUAAAGAAUGGGUUUGUUGGACCCAAAUUAAGGAAGAAGUAUAAGAAUGCCGAAAAUAAAUCAACUUGGAACGUUAACCUUAGACGGCUUGCAGACCUCAAGGUAGGCGAAAGAGCAGACGCUAAAACUCUGAAAGAUCUUCGCUUCUCAGAGAGGCCACUGGAAGUCCCAGCCUACCACGAGGGAGCCGCUUCUAGACUGCCUACUCACCAGUCCCAGUCCCCUGGCUUUGCACACAUAACGGGCCGGAAGAGUCUGACAAGCACGGAGAUCAUGAGGAUCCAGAGGGAGACAGACUUCCUCAAGUGUGCCCACUGUCUGGCUUCCCGUCCAUCUGAUCCUUUUGCUCGCUUCUGUCAAGAAUGUGGCGCUCCUGUCCCACCCAUAUUUGGCUAUCGUCUUCCACCUCCAGAAGGAGCUCAGAUGGGCCUGUGCACAGAAUGUGGAAGUAUGGUUCCCAUGAACACUCCCAUCUGUGUGGUGUGUGAGGCUCCUCUUGCUCCACAGCUUCGGCCACAGGCCAGCCUCCACCUGAAGGAGAAGGUGAUCUGCCGCACCUGUGGCACUGGGAACCCUGCUCAUCUGAGAUACUGUGUCACCUGCGAGGGGCCUCUGCCUGCAACACACGAGCAGUGGCUGUGCAAUGGAGAUCAAGUCCCUCAUCCGCCCACUAGGAAUGGGGAGACCAUCUCCUGCUCCAGAUGUGGCUGCCAGAACCUCUGGGAGGCAUCCUUCUGCGACUGGUGUGGAGCCACGCUUGGCAUUUCUGCUAGGCAUUCUGUGUGCCCAAAGUGUGGGGCCAGCAAUCAUCUCUCUGCUCGAUUCUGUGGCUCCUGUGGCAUUUAUGUGAAGUCCAUUACAAGACUUAGGAUGAACAGCAGCUUGGCCCUAGUUGCUGGGGUCCCUCAUCCGUUUCCUGAGCCCCGACCUGCCUGGCAGGCCCUAAAUGUCUCUUUGCCAACAUCUGCUCUUGGGUCUAAAAAGGAAAUGGGCACACAGACCUCUGGCCUGUUCUACCCAUCUGGCAAGCUCCUGGCCAAGAAGGAGCUGGAGGCGGCUUCUCACAGGCAGAGACAGGAGAAGAUGAGCGAGCACCGGCCGGUCCUCACGGCUGUCAGCCCUGGAAGAGGCUACUGGAGAAAGCAGUUGGACCACAUCUCUGCUCACCUCAGGUCCUAUGCUCAGAACAACCCUGACUUCCGGGCAUUGAUUGCAGAACCCAGGAUGGGAAAGCUUAUCUCUGCUACUGUCCAUGAAGAUGGCUAUGAAGUUAGCAUCCGGCUGAACUACAUUCAAGUCUCCAACAAGAACCUGUACCUCAACAAGUCGGUGAAUCUUAGUGACCACUUUCUGAGCAGUGUCAUGGAAGGUGGGAAUGGGCUGUAUUGCAGCAGGUCCAGCUUGGUGAGUGCCUAUAGCCAGAGCGCCUCAGACACCCCUGAAAGUGUCAAGAAGGUGAAGACUCUCAAGACCAAAAACUUCCCCAGAAACCCAGAUCCACUCACACCUGAAAACAGACUCCUGCUGGAGGAACUUGGCGCCGCAGGGAAAGGAAGACUGUCUGUGCUGGAACAGCUGCUGGACGAAGGAGCAGACCCUAACUGCUGUGAUGGUCAAGGUCGACCUGCUGUUAUUGUGGCUGUUGUGAAUAAACACCAUGAAGCCAUUGCAGUUCUCGCUCAGAGAGGAGCAGACGUCGACCAGCAGUGGGGACCGUUCAGAAACACAGCUCUUCAUGAAGCAGCUCUACUUGGCCUGGAAGGAAGGGAGAGCAUCGCCACGCUACUGGGGUGCAACGCAGACACCCAGAAGAAGAACUCAAGAGGCCAAACAGCAUAUGACACCGCUCUGGAGGUUGGGGAUGACCUCGCCUCUUCGCUCCUUGCCACUAAGUUCAGCCAAGGUCUGGAGGACCGACUUUCCCCACCAGGGAACCACAUCCUAAGUGACAGUUAGAGAUGAGGUAUUCAGGAGGCAGCAAAGACUACCCAGCUACAGCUGUUCUUAUUUUUGGAAUGUGUAUUUAAGUGUUAAGAACUAGGGUUGAAAAGAAGUCAUAAUGUGAGUUCAAGGCCAGCCUGGUCUACAGAGAGUUCCAGGACAGCCAGGGCUAAAACAGAGAAACCCUAUCUUGAAAAACAAAAAAACCAAACCAAAACAAAUAACUUAUAAGACUUGAGUGUGUGUGCGUGUAUGUGCGUGUGGAUGCGUGUCACAAAAGACUUAAUCCAGGGCCUUGCAGACGCUAGGUAGGUGUUGUAUACCAUUGUGUUACACGCACACCCAGCUGUAUUUAUUUUGAAAUAGGGUCUUAUGAAGUUGCUCAGGCUGGCCUUGAACUCACCCUGUAGCAUAGACAGGCCUUGAACUACUCCAGAUCUACCUGUCUCAGCCUCCUAAGUAGCUGAGAUUAGAGGCUGUGACCAACAGACUCAGAUCUGUUUUCUAAAGCUGGCAUAACUACCCAGAACCACAUACAAGUUGGAGUAUGGUAAAAUUAACAUAUGCUUUUUAAUGUUUUAUAUUUUAUUUUCUGUUGUGUUUUUUGUUUUGUUGUUGGUCGGUUUGUGGAGACAGAGUCUCACUCUACAGCCAUGGCUGGCCUAGAAUUUGUUAUGUAGACCAGGCUCGAAUUGAAGUCACAGAGAUCUAGCUAUCUCUGCCUCCCAAAUGCUGGGAUUAAAGGUAUGUGCCACCAUGUCCAGAUAUUUUUUUAAUGUUUUUAUUGAUAAUUUUGAAAUUUUGUUUUUAAUUUUUGUUUUUCUUUAUUGUUGUUUUUGAAACAAGGUCUCGUGUGCCCUGUCCUCGAACUUGCUAUGUAGCUGAGGAUGGCCUUGAACUUCUGAUCCAGCUGCCUCCACCUUCUGAGUGCUGGGAUUACAGACUUGUACCACCACACUGGGUUUUAUGUGGUACAGGGGACUGAACCCAAGGAUUCAUGCAUGCUAACCAAAUACUCCACCAACUGAAGUAGAGUUAGAAAUUCCCAGCCUGGUUAUUUCUUUUUCAAUAGGUAAUAAUUACGUGUGGUUCCAAGCCAAAAAGUAUAAAGUUCCAUAUAAUAAAGCGCUUCCAUCCAGGCUCUUCAGCCGCUGCUUCAUCCUCAGCCAUGUCUCUGUAGUGUGGUGUAACAUGGUAUAAUCACAUAUGUGAGUGUACACAGGAGUAUAACAUAAAAUAUAUAGCAUGUGUAUAUCCUCCCCAGCUUUUAUUGGACAUAAAUAUACAGCUUAAUGAAGUAAUUUAUAAGAAUUCAGAGCAUAAGAUAGCUGUGUCCUUAUCUUAGCAGAAACUGUGUUUGAGAAGUCUCUCCCCACGAUUCAGAACUAGGUUAUCCUGUCUCAUGCUCCCUCAAGCUGGCCUCAGUCCAUCUCCAGGCUCUUCUCCCUCCUCCCAGAGUUUCUCCCUGUGCGGUGGUGAUCCGUCACCCACAGCAGACAGGUGGUUGAAAACAAUUCUAAUUUAAGGGUUGGCUCUCUCUUUCCUACAAAGGAUCACAGAAAUAUGUUCCUAGGAAUGGUCCCAUAUUGAGUAACUUCGAUUCUGCUAGGUCUGCUGAAAGCAAGACUACGCUUACUCAGUAUGACAUUGUUUUAAUGUCCUCACCCUUGAUGGGAUGUUCAGGACAUCCACCAGGGAAGGAGAACCAAUGUCUGUAAGAGACCCGGGAGGCAUUUCCUGUAGACACGUGGACAUCUGACACGUGGCAUCAGAUGCUUCUGCGACUGCAGUUUUACAGGUGUUUUACCUUCCCGGGCAAAAAGAGUCUAGCAUUCAGGUUCCUCCUUUGGAGGACACACCACACUGUAAUGGGACCUCAUCAUUCAUGGGCCUCUAGAAGCGAUAGCUGUCCCUUUUGUUUAUAGAAUAGUACACGUGAGUCCGUGUGGACAGAGGGGGUGGCUGACAUCUUGCUUUUCUCUGUGUAACAGGUCACACAGUUGGUCACAAUCAGUGACCCCAUAGUAAUUAUGAUCCAUUCCUUAGAGCUGCUUUUGCCAGAAAUCACUACAGAUACUGUUGACUGCUUUGAAACCAAAAUGUUCUACCUGGACAUCUGUUCUGUGUGUUUCCCUUGAAAACACAGUGGGGGGUGGGCCUAAAUCUUUUGCAGACACUCUAAAAGAAAGCAUGUGUGAAAACCAUGGAACUGUUCCCGCAGACACACAUGCUGGCACAUCAUGGAGUUGGCAUAAAACAGUCUUAGGUACAGUAUCAGGGGAGCACAGACAGAAAGUGGCAAGAGAAGACAGAGACAUUAGGCCAGCUAAAGAUGUUGGAAUGGCAUGGCAAUGGCAUGGAUGUGGUUCUUAUUACACGAGAAAGGGUACGUGGGUAGAGAAUGGUAAGUCAGUCAGGCAGAGAGACUCAAGAACCAUGUGUAAGAGGAAGGCCUGUUGAUGGGGCGGGUUCUCUUAUGGACUGGUCGUCUGAAAGAUGGACUUGCAUGGUUCAAGCUAGGAGCAUCUGUCUAGCAGGAUACUUCCCUAGACUGUUUUCUCUCUGGGGCUUUAGUGGACUCAGAGGACUCUGGAGUUAACUGAUUAGUGGAGACAGCUCCACUGGGACAGUCUACACAGCCUGUGUUGUUUGAUGUUAGGUCAAUUCACUGUGCAGUGCCAUAGCAUAGUCCAGCUCCUGCUGGAAGGCAGUGUGUGGCAGGACAAACAGGCCCUGAAGGCCUCAGCAAGCUUUGCAGGCUGGUCCCCUUAGACGUCCCCGGACUCUCCAUCUUCAGCAAAGAUGGACUUAUAAGGUUGAGACAGAAACUGCCUCCUCCGACGGCAGGUGAACUGUCUCCCGUGACUACUAAAAUAAAGCUCUCCUUUGCUUUUAAUCUGCUACCUUUUGGGCCCAGUCUGGAUCUUUCCAUCACCAGGUCUCUAUCUAUUGUAGGAACCCAGAAGGAGCUAUAGGCUUUCUUGGUUGGUAUUUUUGGCAGUAUGCAGUCUGUAGGUUUGAAUUAGGUUCAGGUUACCCAAAGUGAUGGGCCAAGAUGAUCUCUCUAACAAUGGAUUAUCAAGUCUGAGAGUCUGAAAGCUGCCCAGACAAUGAGCUUUGAACACAGGCCUUCCACAUCUCUAGAUUCACUGAAUGCAUUUUUUUAAAGUGCAGGCAGCAUUUAGGCCAGCUCACCUACCAUGAACCAUUGGGACCCUUGGGGAUGAGGCUGCCCUUUCCUGCUUCCUGCAUGACAGACAGCAAAGCGCUGGUGACCCCUUAUAUUUCCUCGAGGCUAACAUGUUAAAACAGGAUUGUGCGUGUGUGUGUUUCUAACACUGUGACAUAUCUAUAUAAGUAGUCUGUUUCCCUUUAGUAAACUUCUUCAGUAACGUGACCCUGUGGGUUGUUUCUGUGUUAUGUUCCUGACAGCCAAAGUCCGGAAGGUGCCUUUUCAUUUCAAGGUGGUUUGAUAACUGAGUUGUACAAAUCUCGAAGUUCACAUAUUUGAAUGGGUGAGAAUGGAGGAGCCCCAAGAGUAAACCUUUAAGAAAUGUGGGCUACUGAGAUGUCUUUUAUGUUGAAGGCAUGUCGUUGAAGGGGCUUGUGGAAUCUCACUCUCUUCUGCUUCCUGGUGAUUAACUGAAUGAUUUUGUUUCUGGUAUGAUGUACCUUGAUACAGCCCCAAAGCCUUGGAGUCAAAUGAUCGUGGACUAGAAACUUCAGAACUGUGAGCCAACACAACCUUUUGUUUGUAAGUUGAUUAUCUUGGGUAUUGUGUGAUAAUGAUGAAAAGCUGACUAGCACAAUGUUGUACCUGCAUGCUUAUACACUCUAAGUGUUGUGUCUACUUCUUAGGAAAUAAUUGUGAAAAUUUACUUGAUUUUUUUUUGAAUGAUCAGUGAGCCUAAAGGACAGCUUUACGAACUAGGUAUCUCAGCUAUUAAGUCUGGAGAACAUUUAUUUUCUGAUAGAAGGUUGUGCUCACUUUGAGAACACAGAUUUUUAAAGUGAGUCAGUAUUUUGGUUGUGACGGCUUAUGCACUCUGAGAGGAAUAAUGCUGUGCAGAUUCUGUCUCCCAGACAUGUGCAGUCAUGAUGGAUGUUCAUAUCUCAGCAGAGUGGUCCACUGCUCAUCCUGUGCAGACAAGUGGCUUUCAUAAAACAUUCUCUGUGUUAUAAGAAUUAAAACAGCAUAAAAUUUAAAUAAAGGAAAAACUGCUAACCUA